CCAACGCAAAAGCUCUUCAAAAACAGUCGGACGGGACGGAAACAGAAAAGAAAGAAAUGCAAUCUGGGCAGUAAGCGGGGGCGUGAAGCGUAUUUAUCAAUUGCCCGGAAAGAAUUUACGUGAUUUCCACCGAUCAGUGGUGCCGGAAAAUCCGCCCAAACAUCAGCUUACGCUCGUGCAUCCACCAGUAGCGGCUGGUUCAAAAACGUGAGAGGAAGGCGGGAGAACACCGGGAGAGAAGCAGGAGGGCAGGAAGCGGCGACAACAGAAGCAAUCAAGUGGCAAAAACAGGAGCAGGAGCCGGGGUUUGGCUGGUGGCCAGGCAAAGCACGAUGCUAAAAGUUAAUUAGUGUGAGCGAAAUCAAAUUGGACACCCCGCAGCGGCUGCUGGGGUUGUGGUUGUUGUCGUUGUUCCGACUCCGGGCUGGGGGUUCGCCAUGGAAUUCGCCGACCUCAUAAAGACCCCCAAGCUGGAUGGCGUCUUGCUGCACGAUCCUGGGCAAGCGGGGACAGGUACGGGUGCGGGUGCACCAACGGUUGGAACGUUAUGCAUCACCGGACAUCAUCUGCUGCUGAGCGCACGUCAGGAGAACAGCCAGGAACUGUGGCUGCUCCACAAAAACAUCGACUGUGUGGAGAAGAAACCCAGCCUGACACAGAACAUUGUGGUUGGCGGCAUCAUCACGCUGAAAUGCAAGGAUUUGCGCAUCAUUUCGCUUGAGAUCAAGAGUGCCAAGGAGUUCUUCAAUGUGGCCACUUCGCUGGAGGCUCUCAGUGCGAUACAAAACACCGAACUGCUGUAUCCGUUCUUCUAUAGGCCCAUGUACUCCAUCCUUGAAGACGGUUACACGAUGUUUAGGCCCGAGCUGGAGUUCGCCAAGCUCAUCAGCGGUGUGGGCAUGGGCGGUGUUUCUUCGCCGAAUGUGGCCAACAUAACAAUUUGCAUGCCGUCAACAUCGUCGACAUCUAUGACGCUGGGCAGUGCUAGUGGUGGCGGCAUUACCCAUCCCCUGCAGAACGGCUAUGCGAUGGACGCCCUCCAAGGUGGACUGGGUGGUGGCGGCAGCGGGGCCAACGCCUGCGAGUGGCGAAUCAGCAACGUCAACAGAGACUUCAGCGUCUGUGCCACAUAUGGCGCCACGCUAAUUGUACCUAAAGCAAUUACGGACGAGCAGAUAGUGCUCUCCGCCUCAUUCCGGGACGGCGGACGAUUCCCCGUGCUCAGCUACAGGCAUGAGAAUGGAGCCACUCUGAUGCGCAGCUCCCAGCCGCUGUCGAUUCAAGGAAUCAAGCGCUGCCGAGCUGACGAGGCUAUCCUAAAUCUGGUCCUGGGGCGCAGCCGAAAGGGCUUCAUCGUGGACACCUGGGGCAAGGGCAAGUCUAACACGGAGACGGACCUCCACUAUUCGCAAUGGAAAAAGGUAAAUCGCUCAAUCGGCAACGUCAGCUCGCCGGCUUCCAUUUUGGACAGCUUUGCUCGGCUAAUAGAGGCCUGCAAUGAUCUGAGCUGCAGCACGGAUAAGUGGCUGUCGCGUUUGGAGGGCAGUGGCUGGUUAACUCUGGUGCUUAAUUCACUCAACGCCUCGUGUGUGGUGGCCCAGUGUCUGGAUCAAGAAGGCAGUCCUGUGCUGGUGCACGGUGCCAAAGGCUUGGACUCGACGCUGAUUGUCACCUCGCUGGUGCAGAUCAUCCUCAAUCCCGACUGCCGUACUGUAAGGGGCCUUCAGGCGCUGAUAGAGCGGGAAUGGAUCCAGGCGGGACAUCCGUUCGCCUCCCGUCAUCGCUACUCCUGCUAUACUCCGAAUCAAACGCGCCAGAAAACCUCUGGUGCCACCUUUGUGCUCUUUUUGGACUGCCUCUACCAGCUGUACACCCAGUUUCCCUGCAGUUUCGAAUUCAGUACGCAACUGCUGAUCCUGCUCUUUGAGCACAGCCACUUUUCGCAGUACGGAACGUUUCUGUGCGACUCGGAACGGGAGCGACGGGAGCUUAAUGUUCACACGCGAACGACGAGCUUGUGGUCAUACCUAAACCGACCAGACGUCCUCCAAACCCUACUGAAUCCCCUCUACGAGCCCAAUGCCAGUGUGAUAUGGCCAUCAGUGGCGCCCAUUAGCUUGGAGCUAUGGAGCGAUCUCUAUUUGCGUUGGGUGAUAGAUCAGCGAAGCUGCGCUACAGUCAUGUCGCAAAUUCAGGAACUGGUGACACGCGAAAAGGAACUCAGAACGCAGGCCAUCAAACUGCGUAAACAAGCCCUGGAGCUUGGCCAGGAAGUGUCGGAAAUGAUGAGUGGCAGUGCAGACGAUGCAUAGGAAAGAAUGCCUACCUCAACAGCAGUUCUCUAUCUCUUUUAUCUCUCUCCUGCAUGAUAUACAAUUAUUUUUGAUACGUUCUGUUGCAAGAUUUCGAUAAUUAUUUAAACAAAUAGAUAGCAACACUAAUGUUAAGUCACCAAAAGUUCCAUUUACAAGAAAGUUUAACUCAACAUAUGCUGAAGAAUUGAUCGAGGCAAAAACCUUAUAAUAACAGUAAUGCCAAACGAUAUUUUGCACUCGAAUUUUCGUCAUGGCUCCAAACUCUCUUGAAAUUUUGUUCUAAAGAAAAAUAACAAGAAUUAUUGAAACAGAAUUAUAAGAUAAACUCAACACAGGAUCUGAUUUUGGAUUCACAUCGAGCAUAACUGACUCAAUUUUAGACAUAUGUAUGUCCAUUUUUACCGAAAACUAUAUAGUUCUACAGGAUAACGAUGAAGUGAAACGAAAAGAAACUCUUGUACUACUUGUAAAUUGCUCUCUAAUCUCAGAUUUAUUAAACUGAAACUGCAACUGCAACAUGGCAUAAACUAUCAAAUAUUUUGGGUCAAUUUUUGACGCAUUUACAUUUAUGGAAUUUUUAGCGCAUAAGUCUUCAAGAAUUAUCUAUAAAUAGUACUUACCCAUGUCAGUUAAGCCUCUCAGAUUGAUCAAAUUUAGUAUUGUAUAAAUUCAAAAGAUUUGCCUUUUUGUAUGUACAUUUUUGAUUAAAUCGCAUAAAUCGGAA